GUGACCAACUCAGAUCAGCGGACAUCUGCAAAAUGGAGGACCGUGAAGCUAAAGAGCCCGAGCAGCUCAGAAAGCUGUUUAUUGGUGGUCUGAGCUUUGAAACCACCGAGGAGAGUUUACGGGCUCAUUUCGAACAAUGGGGAACUCUCACCGACUGCGUUGUGAUGAGGGACCCCAACAGCAAGCGAUCAAGGGGGUUUGGCUUUGUGACAUAUGCCGCUGUGGAGGAAGUCGACGAAGCCAUGACAGCAAGGCCCCAUAAAGUGGAUGGCCGGGUUGUAGAACCCAAGAGGGCCGUGUCCAGAGAGGACUCUAACAAACCAGGCGCUCAUCUGACGGUGAAAAAGAUCUUUGUUGGUGGUAUCAAGGAGGACACGGAGGAGUACCACAUUCGGGAGCAUUUUGAGAAAUAUGGAAAGAUUGAAUGCAUAGACAUCAUGGAGGAACGCUCCACUGGGAAGAAGAGAGGAUUCUGCUUUGUCUCCUUUGACGACCACGACACUGUAGACAAAAUUGUCGCCCAGAAAUUCCACACAAUCAACUUCCACAAUUGUGAGGUCAGAAAAGCGCUCUCAAAACAGGAAAUGAGUGCUAUGUCCACUAACCGGGGCAGGAGUGAAGAUUCAGGAAACUUCAUGGGGAGAGGAAAUAAUUUUGGAGGUGGUGGCAACUUCGGUCGAGGUGACUAUGGUGGAGGUCGAGGUGGUUAUAAUGAUGAUUUUGACAAUGGUCAAGGAAGAAAUUAUGGUGGAGGACAAGGUUAUGGGGGGGGCCGAGGGGGCUAUGGAGGUGGUGGUCCAGGCUAUGGCAACCAGGGUGGUGGAUUUGGUGGCAGCUGUGAUGGAGGUUACGGAGGCAAUGACGGAGGAUAUGGAGGAGGUGGAAAUUACAACGACAUUGGAAAUUAUGGUGGACAGCAGUCCAACUAUGGACCCAUGAAGGGAAACAACUUUGGUGGCAGAAACUCGGGUGGAGGAGGAGGAGGAGGAGGAGGAGGAGGACCCUAUGGUAGUGGCUAUAGUUCUGGUGGUGGUGGAGGAGGAGGCGGCGGCGGCGGCGGCGGCUAUGGCUCACGGCGAUAUUAAUUAUUUCAUGUUUCGGCUUCAGUUCUUAGCAGGAGAGGCGAGGAGGUGAGCAAAGGAAAGGAAUUGUCAGGAAAAGCUGCAGGUUACUUUGAGGCAGUCAUCUGAGAGCAUUAGAGGAACACAAAAGUCAGUCAUUACUGCAGCUAAAUCUGAGAAGUUUAUGGAACAAGGACUGUAUACACAAGACAUGAGUUCAGAUGAUACUUUUCCCUAAUUGUGAUAGAUGUGUCCCUACCCAGCUACUUUUCCUUCUGUGCGUCUGAAGUGUGUGUAUUGUGCCUAUGGUAUCAGGGGUAAAGAGUACAUUGUUUUGUUUUUUUGUUUUUUUUUUAAUCUGAAGUCAGUUCUUAAUAUCUUUUUUCUUCUUUUUUUUUUUUUAAAUAUGGAUUAGUUUUCUGCUGGUCAAUUAAUCUUUUGUCUUUUAACCUAAUUUUUGUCAUAUAGCAUAAAUCAGGCCUGCAGACGAGCUAGAAGUACAAUUGUUUUCUUUCUGAAGAUAUUAUGAUUGCUCAAUUGCAAGUGUCAAGUGUGUGUUAAUUUUGUAUGUGAAGCACAGUAUGUAAAUCCUUCGUAGUACCAGUGUCAACUAAUAUAAGCAGUCUGGAUUAGAACCAAGGGAAUCCCUCACUCUUCUUGUUGCCAGAAAACAGAAUUCUAGAUUGUUCGAAUAUUUUGAUUAGAAGAAAAAGACUGAAUAAAAUUGUGUAGUAAAGUAA